AUAGGUUUUUUUAACCACUUAACUUAUUUUCUGGCCACUGGUGCUCUUACUUUGGGAAUCGGUUUCUUUGCUUUAGCAUCUGCCUUGUGGUUCCUAAUUUGCAAACGAAGAGAAAUAUUUCAAAAUCUCACAUGUAAAGAAACUGAUAAGAAAUGGAAACAAAGACCAUCAAAGGAGCAAUUUAAAUCUCAGCCAAAUUGCGUUUUUAUUUCUCGAAAUUUUCAUUCGGGAUCAUUCCAGGUACAGGAGGAGCAAAGAAAAAAUGAAACAGAAUAUACAAAAGCAAGUGACCACUCUAAAGAUGAAAUUUGUCUUCCAAGAAAUGAAGUCAUUUGUGACUCCUCAGAGACCAACUCUGCAACACAUUAUAGCAGCAGUACCUUAAGUUUAUCAAAAGAACCAUCUGAUUCCAGUUACAGUGAAAGUAUAGAAGUUACUUCAGACUGGUUUUCUGAGGACUUUUCAUCAGAAAGGAGUUCUUCAGUGCCUUUUAAUAGAGAACUUCUAGUGGGAAAAGUUGCUUCAUACAUGUCAACCAUUUCAUUAGAUGAAUGUAACGAAAAUGUAAUGAACCAGGCACUUUCUGAUGAUCAAACUGAUGAUGACAUUAAGGAAAUAUUUUUACGAAGAAAUACAGAAGUUGAAAUACAGUAUCCUCAAGAUAACACUGGGUGA